AUGGAGACACAGAGAGGUUUAGGUCGAGGGUCCCACAUUUGGGGAAGAAGUGUUCAUAACGUUCGGAUUGAACGCCUCUGGUGUGACCUUAGCAGCGGGUUUGGUGGCAAGUGGAAAUAUUUUUUCCAGGACCUCGAGCAACAUGAUAGGCUUGACCCAGACAUCAAAUCACACAUCUGGUUAUUACACUAUUUGUUUCUUGAUGCGAUCAACGAAGAUGCCAUGGAAUGGGCUGAAUCUUGGAAUAAUCAUGUUAUCACACUAUGCGAUGCUUGCGACGCCAGGAUUUGGGGGUUUGAUGGCAACCUGGAACCUCAGGAUGAAGAGCUCAAAGACCCAACCUCUUACGGCAUCAACUGGGAUGCCAUUGAUGAUCCACAUGUGUUAGCUCACCAUUCCCUUCAUAAUCGACCAGAUGAACUUGGCGACAAUCCCUUUGUGUCCCAACACCCGCAGCACUUCUCAGAUGUGACUGUUCCCGAAGUCGAUUCCCCACUUUCAGCCAAGCAGUUAAACCACCUCUCAGAGUAUUUACAUUCCUCUCAAUCCUCUCAAUCAUGUAGCAUGGACUCUCGAAGACUACUUUGGAACAGUGCACUUCAGUUCUGUGGGGAUAUGUUUGGUGGUUGA